UUGAAUUCCUCCACCUCCAGCGGAUUAAUCAUUUUAUUUAUGAGGCUUAAGGGCCCAAAUCCCGUUAAAGCCGAGGCUUUGCCAGAUAAACAGCCCGCUUUGGGGGCAGCGCGUUUGUGAAAACACAAUUAGCAAACCCUGUAAUCUGCACUAAUUACCGGGCCAUGAGCGCCGGCACUUGCCGGCAGCACCUGCACCAUGGGGGACACGAGCGGGGACACGAGUGGGGACACGAGUGGGGACACAGCAGCUGCUCCCCGGCGCCCGCCCGGAGCCUCCUUCACCAUCGAGUACCUGCUGGGGCGCCGGGGGGACGGGGCCGCCCCCAGCCCGGAGCCCCCCGGCCGGAGCCCCCCGGGCGCCCCCCGGGCCCCGCCGGAGCCCGGGGACAAACCGGCGCAGUCCUACAUCGCCCUCAUCUCCACCGCCAUCCUCUCGUCCCCCGAGAAGAAGCUGCUGCUGUCCGACAUCUACCAGUGGAUCAUGGACAACUACCCCUACUUCAAGAACAAGGAGAAGAGCUGGCGCAACAGCGUCCGCCACAACCUGUCCCUUAACGAGUGCUUCGUCAAGGCCGGGCGCAGCGACAACGGCAAAGGCCACUUCUGGGCCAUCCACCCCGCCAACCUGGAGGACUUCGCCAAGGGCGACUACCACCGGCGGCGGGCCCGGCGCCGCGUCCGCAGGGUGAACGUCAGCUACUUCCACCCCUACGCCCUGUACGGCCUCGGCUGCUGCUGCCCCUGCUGCCCCCCGGGCCCCCCCGGGCCCCCCCUGGCGCUGCCCAGGCUCCCCCCCCAGUGCCCCCUGCCCGAGCGGCCGCGCUGGGGCUGGGGGCGGCUCCCGCUGCCCCGGGGCUCCGCGCCCCUCCUGCCCCGGACCCCCUUCUUGUGACCCCCCCCCACCCACCCCAGGGACCGUGGGGACAGCUCUGGGUGUGGCAGCCGCUCCGGGUGUCCCCUCCUUCCCCCAGGGCUCACCCCUGCGUGUGUCCCCUGUCACCAGCCUCAUUCCCGGGGUCCCCCAUCCCGUGUCCCCCCCACCAUCCUCCCCCGUGCUGUCACCCCACAGGACACCCCACAAUGACACCCGGCGUCCCCUCACUGAGAGGGGACACUGAGGACCCCCCACCCUCCGCCUUCACUACCUAACAGGACCUUCCCAUUAGGGGAAACUGAGGCACGGCCCAAAUUUGGACUGAUCCUCCCCCCUACAAACCCCCCUGGACACCCCAAACCGGGGUCCCCCAAUCCCCCCCACACACCCCACCCCCCGCACACCCAGGCACAUAUGGGGCUUAAACCCUGCAGCGGCUGCUCCUGCCCUAAUUAUUAUUCCCUUACUAAUUGUCCCUGACGCCUCUAAUGAAAAUCGCGGCUCCCAGGUGUUAAGUGGCAUUAGGGCGUCUCGCUAAGAAAGACGACUCGGCCAUAAAUCCCGGGAUAAACCCCCAAAGCCCCGCUCGCGGCCCGAACAAGGCAGAUUAUGACACAAAUUAAUCCCCCCCCCCCUUCCCCAACCUCGGCCGUGCCCUUUUGGGGGGGCUGCCCUGGGGGGGGGGGGGGGGGCGUCGGGCUGGCUGCUGCCCCCACGGGCACAGCGCGGUUUGGGGCAUUUUUGGGUUUGUUUU